CUAUUGGAAACUGUCAGGAAAGAGCAAUGAUACAUUGACAACCAAAAGCCAUGUUGUUAGCCGUCCACCGGUGGACACGUCGCGCUGUCCGCGGCUUCCAGCUACUCCUAUUAAUUCUACACCCAACGCAAGCAGACCACGCAAGAGUUCCAAAAAUGGGAGACGUCGGUGGUGCAGCCCCAGCCAAGGGCACCAGCCUCUUCCUCCAAAUCGUCGAACACCAGGACGGCACUAUAUCCCGUCCCACCGUCCCAGUCGUUCCCCCCACCGGCGACGACCACCCCGACUCCUCCUCCGUCCUCUCCAAGGACGUCCCUCUCGACCCCACUCACAAGAGUUUUCUCCGGAUCUACCGUCCCAAUCUCCCCUCCUCCCAAAAGCUCCCCAUCGUCAUCUUCUUCCACGGAGGCGGAUUCGUCGUGUUCAGCACCGCCUCCGUUUUCUACCACGGAUUCUGCGAGCAGAUGGCCGCAGCGCUCCCCGCGUUGGUCAUCUCUCUCGACUACCGUCUCGCCCCGGAGCACCGCCUCCCCGCGGCCUACGAGGAUGCGGUGGAGGCGAUCCUCUGGGUCCGAGCCCAAGCCCAGGACCCGGCAGCGGGAGAGCCGUGGGUAACGAGCGGGGACUUCUCCCGCUGCUUUCUGAUGGGCAGCAGCUCCGGGGCCAAUAUGGCCUACCACGCCGGGCUGCGUGCCGUGGCCCUGGAGCUGCAGCCCAUAAGGCUUGUCGGGCUGAUCCUGAACCAGCCCUACUUUGGAGGGGUGGAGAGAACCCGUUCCGAGUUGGCGUCGGAGGAGGACGUGGUCCUUCCCCUCUGCGCCAACGACAUGAUGUGGCGUCUGGCGCUACCGGAAGGAGCUGACAGAGACCACGAAUUCUCCAACCCGGUGGUGGCGCCGCCUAGGCCGAUUCGGCUCCCCAGGUGCAUGGUGAAGGGCUGCCAAGGGGAUCCGCUGAUCGACAGGCAGCGGGCGUUUGUGAAGAUGCUGGAGGAGGAGGAGGGCGCGAGUGUGGUGGCUAGGCUCGAUGAGGGUGGAUUCCAUGCUAUUGAGCUCUUUGAUCCCGGCCGGGGACAGGCUUUGUUUGCAGAGGUUCGUGAUUUCAUCUCUUCUUCGGUUGUUGACGCCGCUGCUGCUUCAUGAACUAGACGUGGAUCAAGUAGAAAAUAUGUGUGAUUUAUUUUAGUUGGAUUUGGACUUUAAGGUGCUGCAGACAUGAUAAGAAGACUGUGUCAUGUAAUUGUUCCGAUGUGUACAAGUUGAAUUCUGCUUUCUUGUGGAUGUUUUUGGCGUGUAAAAGAUAUACCAUAGCCAGGGUUAUUUAAGUAUAUUUAGGGAAGAAAGAGUAGAAGGAAGCUGUUAUUUAAGCAUAUUUUAGGUCGUGUUGUUAUCUUUUUCGUGUUUUUUUCAUUAGAAGUCGAAAGAUGCAUCCAGAACGAUGUUGCUUUACCGA